GAAUAUUUAUCUCCACCGCUCUUAACCGAGCCCCGAAGUCAUGGCAGAGGGAAGCAGUCCAAUGUCGUUGCUAAAAGUCCAGACAAUAAUUCCUCGACAGAAUAAUGAAAACCCGAACCCUCGUUACACUGUGUAAGAGGUGAGUGUACCUGAAGUCGUGGGCAUUGAAAUAGAAACAUUUCCAGUAUUGAAUUGGUUCUUGCGCAUGCGUGGAUCUGUGUGCAUGUUUGCAAACAAAUCUUUUUGGACGCGCGAAAACAUGCAUUGUGAAAACACAGAUAUACCAAUUGAACGAAGUGGACACCGAAUUAUUGUUACAGCCAACCACAUAUUUGUUAUUGGUGGAUUUAACCCAACCUACUCAGACUUGUUUAAUGAGGUUUGGUCUUUCAACAUAUCAACAAAUGUAUGGACAAAGUUAAAAACAACAGGUCCAGCACCAACGCAGGUUGCUUCUCAUUCAAUGUGUCUUCUUGGAAACUGCAUAAUUGUGUUUGGUGGAUCAGGCCUGCCAUUUGGCAUGAACAGUAGCAAUGACAUUUAUCAACUCGAUCUUCUCAAGCAAGAAUGGCAACUUAUUCCCUGCCAACCAUUAAAUGGUGAUGCAGCAAAUUUCCCUUCAAAGAGAUAUGGACAUACUAUGCAUCCAAUUGACAAUUACAUAUACAUCUGUGGCGGUACAGAAGGUACAAUUUACAUGUUGGAUCUUUACCGUCUUGAACUUAGCACAAAAUCUUGGGAAUAUAUUGAAUGUAAAAACCCGCCAGAACCAAGAUACCGGCAUGAAACUGUAGUUGAGGGCAAAAAAUUAUAUAUUUUUGGAGGAGGUACCAAUUCUUCUGUUUUUGAUCUGAUUAAGAUUCCAGUUUUAGACUUUGACACAUUCUGUUGGUCUUACAUCACAAGCUCUAGAGACAUUAAGAAUGAUUUACCAUCAGAUAGGAAAUGCCAUGGCUGUGUUCAUUAUAAACAUUAUGUAUAUAUUUGUGGAGGUACGAAAAACAAAAUGAUUUUCAAAGAUGUUUGGAGAUUCUCUUUAAAAUCUCAUAGAUGGACUUAUGUUGGAGAAAUGCCUAAGAAUUUAUACUUCCAUGGAUCUGCUGUUUCACCUAAUGGUUGCAUGUAUUUAUUUGGUGGUGUUACUGAAAAUGAACAAAGAGUUAACACACUGUUUAGAAUGCAACUGGAUGUACCAAGCUUACAAGAAAUGUGUUGGAGAUAUAUUUGUCAUUAUAGUUCUCAUUUAUACUUGAAGAAAGCAAAUGAACUUCGAGAAAUUGGUAUUCCUUCACACCUGAUCAAGAGAAUGACUAAUUGCCUACUAUAGAUUUAUAAAUUUAUGAUAUUAAUUGUUGCUAUUUAUUUACUAUUAAUUAUUUGUGAAGAAUCUGUUCACAAAUUAUUAAAACUGUUUUCAAAAAAUU